AUUUUGGGCCAAGAGGCAGGCCGUGGAUACCAGAAAUCAAGCAGAGGCCACUUGCGUAUCCUCACCACAGAUCAUCUCAAGGAUACGGAAGACAUCACAUCGAGGCAGAAUCAUCAUGCCUCUUCCACAAUCUCGUAACAAGGUAGGCCUGGGCCAUGCCAUCAUCAACCGCAGAGCCAAGGACGCAAAGGAUCGCCCGCGCUCCGAGUUUCACACGACCGACAUGUCCUCUUCUUCCAAGCACGGCCUCUCCUCUGUCACACACCAGGGAGACCUCGAAGAGUUCCUCAGCACCGCACAACUUGCAGAGCAGGACUUUACCGCCGAGAGGAGGAAUGUGACCGUGGUGCAGGCGCCCGGGGCCAGCGCAGGAGGACAGAGGGGGAAUAACCCCUUCUUGCUCAGUGGUCAGCAGGAGAGGGAGGUACUCAAGAAGCAGAGGGAGAACAAGCAAAGGCUCAGGGUACCCAGGAGACCUGCUUGGGAUGCCAAGACGACCCCUGCCUCCCUGGCUCGCGCAGAAAAGGACUCUUUCCUCGACUGGCGUAGGAAUCUCGCCCAACUCACCGACGCUCAGAUGCUGCUCCUGACACCAUUCGAGCGCAACAUCGAAGUCUGGCGGCAACUAUGGAGAGUACUGGAGAGGUCACAUCUGGUCGUGCAGAUUGUUGAUGCUAGGAACCCUCUCAGCUUCCGUUGUGAGGAUCUGGAGAAGUACGUCACCAGUCUAGGUGUGGUGAGCAAGAGUGGACUGCAGUACGCCACAGACGAGGUGGAAGAGGUUGGAGAGGAUGGAGAGCACGAGUCAAAGAAGUCAAAGGCAGUCAAGGGCCCACGGAGAAAUCUGCUGCUGAUCAACAAGGCAGAUCUCUUGGAUGAGGGACAGCGCAAGGAGUGGGCAAGCUACUUUGAGAAGCAUGGCAUCCGGUACGCCUUCUUUAGCGCUGCCAAUGCUGCUGCUCUUCAAGCGGCCAAGGAAGAGGCUGAAGCUGAGACCGAGCCCACGAAUGAGGAGGAAGAAGAGGAAGAAGAGGAUGAGCUCGAGGACAACGAGGCUCGAAGUGCGAGCGAAGACCUCACAGAAGCCACCGAGGCUAUCACCCUCGGAGCUCGUCACGCCAAGCCUCUAGUAGGUGCAGAGGCAACCGACCGCAUGCUCGAUGAUACCGUACAUGGCGAGAAGGCAGACCUGGAGGAGAAGGCGGCAGCAGAGGCCCAGACUUCUGUCAAGGACUCUGACGAUGCGGUCAAGGUGGCCACUGAGCCUCAGAGCGAUCCCACCAGAGUUCUCAAUGUCCUCGAGCUUGAGGAGCUCUUCAUGGCCUCAGCGCCGCCUCUCACAGACUUCACAAAUGAGCACGGCACACCAUCGCAGCUGACAGUCGGUCUCGUCGGCUACCCCAACGUUGGAAAGUCCUCGACGAUCAAUGCUUUGCUUGGCUCCAAGAAGGUGUCCGUCUCCUCUACACCCGGCAAGACGAAGCAUUUCCAGACGUUGCCCUUCUCGGAGCAAGUGACGCUAUGCGAUUGUCCCGGUCUGGUAUUCCCGCAAUUUGCCACCUCCACUGGUGAGCUAGUGGUGGACGGUAUCCUCCCCAUCGACCAGAUGCGCGAGUACACCGCUCCCGCUGAGCUCGUCGCCCGGAGAAUGCCAAAGGACAUCGUCGAGGGCUACUACGGUAUCCGUAUCCCUACGCUGCCCAUCGAAGAAGGCGGGACAGGCAUCCCUACUGGUCUAGAGCUCCUGGCAGCCUAUGCCGUUGCGCGUGGAUUUGUCCGACAGGGUCAGGGCAAUCCAGACGAGAGCAGAGCGGCGCGCUAUGUCCUCAAGGACUACGUCAAUGCCAAGCUCCUGUACUGCAACCCUCCUCCGGGAGUGGAAGCUAACGUGUUCAACCAGGAGCAGCGCACAAGAGCUAGGGAGGCUCUCAAGGGAAGGAGAUACGACCCUGCCCUGAAUCUCAAUGCAGAGGAGGAAGAGGGCGCGGAUGGAGCACCUAGGCCCGCACAGCAGGGCGGUGUCAAGUCCCGGGCCCUCGACGCGGCCUUUUUCUCCAAUGGCGCCUCCAAUGGGGUUGCUGCGAGGGGGAGAAAGGGCCUGCCUGGUCGUGGAGUGAUCCAGGGUAGAUUGGCACCGGAUGGAUCACCAUUGAUGCAGGCGCAGGGGGAUGGACCUCAGCCCAAGGGCAAGAAGCACUUCAAGGGACACAAGAAGGGAAAGGUGAGGUAUGCUGGUGUGAAUGAUGAUUGAAGGGGCCAGGUGGGAGGAGGAUGAGAAAGUCACAGACGGGCAGACGUACUACGGAGUGUGGAGUAGUUCAAUGUAGAUUGCAUUCAAUGUUACAAUGAUGUGAUGAUUGAUUCAGACCGACAAAGAAAAUCCGAUAUUCCCUUCCACGCUCUACUCUACUUGCCC